AUGGUCUAUGAAAUUCGUUACUUUCCAAAUCCUGGUAGAGCAGACAUUCUUCUAUUGAUCGCAGAGACAGGAGGUGUUCCAUAUAAAUUCGUUGGUGUGAACAGAGAGACUGAAUGGCCUCAACUCAAACCAUCCACUCGUUACUCUCAAUUGCCAUCUCUCAAAAUCAAUGACAACUUUACCUUGUAUCAGACUGUUGCCAUUGCACGUUUCUUAGCGAAAGAAGGUGGUUUGUAUCCUUCAGAUCCAUUCCAAGCUCUUCAAACAGAAGAAUAUAUCAAUGCUCUCGAAGAAGUCUUUAAUCACUUGCUUCGUGUUCUCUUCUUCACACCAGAGGACAAGAAAGAAGAAGCCACUAAAUAUUUCACUGAAGUAACUUUGAAGAAUGUUUUUGGAGCAUUGAAUUCUGCAUUGGAAAAGAACGGAGGUUAUUUGACAGGUACAUUGAGUUGGGCGGAUUUGGAUUUCUUUGAAAUUGCAGCCUUUGUGGAAGGAAGAGGUAAAAUUGAUGUUAUGACUGUUGCUCCUCAAUUGCCAAAAUUGAGAGAAAACAUUUUGAGUCAUGAAAGAGCCAAAGCGUUCUUGGUAAGUGAAAGAAAUUUCAAGAAUAAAAAAUAG